AUGGCUGGUCAACGUUCUAGUGGCGGGAUUCUACUUCUGUUUGCAGCGGUCUGCGCUUUGCUGGAGCUUUGGUCUGCUCCGAAUGAACUCCCGCGGGCUCUUGUAGUGGCGGAGGAAGCAGAAGAUGAAGGCGAUAAUUUCUUCAGCAAGGUGUUUGCAGCCGCCGCACAGGGCUGCACCGCUGCUUUCGUGGCAGCAAUUCUGUCUGCCAUGUGCGAACCCUUGGUGAAUCGCUUGUUGGUGAAGCGAAUGACCGUUGCUCAGGCAUGGAAUGAGAUGACCCUGUCAUUGGUGGCUGGCUUCUUCCUGACCACUUUCCCAACCAACAUGCUCAAGUUCCCUGUCUUUGAAGUGAUCAACCGUGCGAUGGCUUUCAGUGGACUUUCUGCGAGCAUCAGUGGAACAAUCAGUGGGUUCUUCUUUUGCACCAUCAUGCUUCCUGUGACAAAUUACCGGUUCCGGAAGAGCAUGGGCUGGGAGAUCAAGGCAUCCCUUCUGUACCAAGCAUACGUCCCAACCGUCGCUCGUGAUAUCAUCUACGGCUGGGCUCGUGGCCUUGUUGGUACCUUUUUCCAAGAUCUUUUCGCCCCAGAACUCUUCUCUCACAAGGCCAUGGUGUUUGGCCUCACAAUUUGGGCAUCCUGCAUCAUCUCCUCUCCAUGCAACGAGUGGCGAGGCUUUACCUUGCAGCCGAAGGAAAAGAAGCUGCCUUUCAGAGAGUACUUCAAGCCAAUCAACUACGCACGCUCCACAGGCAUCGGAUCUACCAUCAUGGGAGUGGCGCUGAUGAUUGGCAUGCUGGUCACUCCUUACGCUGAAGAUGCUUUUGCGUACUUGAAGGAGCACACCGCAGUUGCCUUGGGGAUCGUUGCUGUGGUAGUGAUAGGCAUUGUUGCGCUCUCAAAGUCUGCUACUCAAAGGGGUCAGACUUGCGCAAAAUGCAAGUAUAUAGUGCAACCUGCAAGAUUGUGCAUUUUGUAG